AUGCACAUCGCGACGAUCUCCCUACUCUACUUCUUAGCCUUGGCGCCGCCGAGCCAAGCCUCCCCGCCUCGACUGGUGCGCAGCACCGGAUGCAGAUGCGCGACGACAAGCGCGUCGUCGGCGUCGUCGUUGGCGGCGGCGGUAGCGGGAGCGGACGAUAACAACGACAGCAACAACCAACAACAACGCGUCUUCUGGCUGCAACCGCCGCCGAUGGAGGCUCCCGGCGACACCUGCAGUCGGCUCGCCGCACAGCUAGAGCACUGGCUCGACUGGAUUGACGGCCGGUCCGACCUCCAGGCGGCGUGGCAGCUGUACGACGACGUGCGCCAGAACCGGUUGCAGCAGGAGCGGCUCGUUAGGACGGAGACGGCGGCGGAAUCGUCACAGCAGAGCGGAGGCGCGUCCGGUGGGCGGCAGCAGCAAUAUCACGACGACGACGAGCGGGCGCGCUACGAAACCGCGGCGAAGGUGACGUGCGACGUUGAAGGCAUGAACGACGAAAGCGAUGGUGUUGCGCUUUGCGACAUGCUGGUGGUCAAGGUGGUGUUGGGGGCGAUUAUGCUGGUGGUCUUGUUCGAGUCGAUCACGACGAUAUCCAGGUGA